UUUGUUUGUUAAAUUUAAGUAGGUCAAUAACCUUAGUGGCUAGUGAACAUUUAUUAUAUUAAAUUAUAAUUUAUGAGUUAUAACUGUUAUAUAAUUCCGUAUAUAAAGUAUCCGUAUAUAAAGUCCGUGCGUCUAAAGUGCAAAUACAAGUAUUCAAUUCACCGUGAGUGUUGUCAGUGUCACAUAUAUUUAUUUUGUGAUUAACAAUUAAACAAUGCAUUAUUAUGGUUUAUUUUUUAACGUAUUAAUUAUUUGUUCAAUUCUUCUAUCCUCUGUGCCGCAAUCGCUUAACCAAAAUGUGGGACCACUUGUAAAAAUGACCAAUGGCCAAGUGUGGCCGAAACCUUUGUUUCAACACAACUUUGACGAAUAUUUAACACUUGAACCAGAAAAUUUUCAUUUUAACAUAACAGGUCAUAGUUGUGACGACCUACAAGAUGCAUUUAAAAGGUAUAAUCAUAUGCUAUUUUUAAAAGCUAAAAAAACUUUUAAGCACCAUACAAGUUUAUCUACGAACUUUACCUUUGGUAAGCUUGAAGUGCUGAAUGUACAGAUUACAAACCCAUGUGAAAAUUAUCCUUCUUUAAAUAUGGAUGAAAAAUAUGAAAUCAAAAUAAAUAAUUCUUGUGGACUUUUAUUGGCAUCGUCUAUUUGGGGUAUUUUCAGAGGUCUAGAAACUUUUUCUCAGUUGGUUUAUUUGGGAACAGAUGGUUCGACGUUUGUAAUACAAAGUACAUCAAUAGUGGACUAUCCGAAAUUCAGGCAUCGUGGAUUUUUAUUAGAUACGUCUCGCCAUUAUUUACCUAUCGAAAUAAUAACGAAAACUUUAGACGCUAUGUCGUAUUCAAAAAUGAACGUAUUUCACUGGCACAUGGUUGAUGACAACAGCUUUCCGUUUCAGAGCAGCGUUUUUCCAAACCUUAGCGAAAGAGGAGCUUUUGGACAUUCAGCCAUUUAUACGAAAAAUGACGUCAAAUAUGUAAUAGAACACGCAAAACGUAGAGGCAUUCGUGUUAUACCAGAAAUCGACACCCCAGGACAUUCAUUGUCUUGGGGACUCGGUGGUAUUCCGGGACUAUUAACUCCAUGCUCGGAUCCUCAUUCAAAUCGUUUUGGGCCUAUUGACCCGACGGUGGAGGAAAACUACAAUUUUAUCAGGAUGCUAUUGUCUGAAGUCAAUGGAUUAUUCCAAGACAAGUAUUUACACCUAGGUGGUGAUGAAGUAGAUACAUCAUGUUGGUCCACGAACAAAAAGAUACAAAUGUUCAUGCUUCGCAAUAAUAUGAGCGACAUUGUCGAAUUAGAAAAAUACUACUUUGCAAACAUAUUCAACAUAACACAAAAUUUAAGAACUGUGCCCAUCGUGUGGGAAGAAUUAUUUGACGAGAAUAUCCACCUCGAUCCCAAUGUUGUGGUGCAAGUGUGGAAGAGCGAUUUAAAUUCGUCCGUAUCGAAAGUGAUGAAAUGUGGACAUCCAGUGAUAUUUUCCAGUUGUUGGUACCUGAAUUAUAUUAACUAUGGAGCGGACUGGCUGAAUUUCUACAGGUGCGACCCAACCGACAUUGUCGGCGAGAACCGUUUGUUUUUGGGUGGCGAGGCUUGUAUGUGGGGCGAAUUUGUUGACGAAACAAAUUUAUUGCCAGUGUCGUGGCCUAGAGCCAGCGCUGUGGCCGAAGUGCUCUGGUCACACGUGCUUAACGAGACCGAAGCCAAGCACAGGCUUGAGGAACACGUUUGCAGGAUGAGGCGGAGAGGAAUACCUGCUCAGCCAGCCAGUGGACCAAGCUAUUGCCAUUAUUAGAACAUCUAUAUAUUAUUAUGAUGUCUCGUUGGGUACAGUUGUACAGAAUUAUAGUCUAUGCGACACUAUAGAUAUAGAAUGAUCUGCGAGAAACCUGUAUUAUAUACAAAUACUAUUUCAUAACAAUAUAAUUUAUAAAGUUAUUA